AUGCCAGUGCCUUCAGGAGAGCACCAGGAGAGGCCCGAGGUGGGGAUACGUUCUGGGGAAAUUCUGGAAGCAGCUGGGCCCACCCUGAGGAAUCUUAAGAGCAGCGUCCCCCGCAGAGCCAUGCUGUAUACCAAGUCCGGGACUGUGUGCAGUCAGACACCGGCCGAGGAAUCGCACCCAGGUCCUGCAGUGAAAAAGAGGAAGAAGAGAGAAAACUUCAAGGAUCUGUACAGUGUGGGCAAUAAACUGGGCAGCGGCAGCUUCGGAACUGUUUACUCGGCUGUGAGGAUCUCCGAUGGAGCUCCGGUGGCGGUUAAACACGUGCCCAGGAAGAAAGUGGUGAAUUGGGGUCAUCUGAAUGACCGCCGCGUGCACCUGGAGAUCAUCCUGAUGAGGAAGGUGUCUUUGCCGGAGCACCGAGGUGUGAUUCGCCUGCUGGACUGCUUCUCCAGGCCGGACGACUUCCUGCUGGUGAUGGAGCGCCCGCCCAUAGCCAAGGAUCUCUUCGACCUCAUCGGCGAGCAGGGCCCGCUGGGCGAGGAGCGCUCCUGCUCCUUCUUCCGCCAGGCGGUGGAGGCACUGCGGCACUGCCAUGCCUGUGGGGUCGCGCACCGGGGCGUCAAGAGCGAGAACCUUCUGGUCGACCUGCGCACUGGCGAGCUCAAGCUCAUCGACUUCGGCUCGGCAGCCCUGCUGCGUGACACCGCCUACACCGAAGUCAGUGAGUGCGAGGAGCUGAUGCGAUGGUGCCUCUCCAUGCAACCCUCCAAAUGGCCCACCCUCGACCAGAUACUGUGCCACCCGUGGGUGCAGUGGGACAUCACCAGACCGAAAGCCGUGGGACUCUGGAGCCCGGAGGAAGACUCCGAGUGUAGCACCAGCCAGGAGAGACAGUAG